AUGUCGACGGUCAUCGUAGGACUACGAUACUACUGCCGCUACUACCUCAUGGGCAAAGUUACUGCGAGCGACCAUCUCAUGUUUGUCGCUCUCGAUAAGCGACCCUUGAUUGAAGGAAAGGUGCUCGGCACGCUUAUAUCUUGGUGGAUCUACCGUUUGAGCUACAACUUAGCUCUUGGCUUCGUAAAGCUCAGCAUCCUCUUCUUCUACCGAACAAUCGCCUCAAACCGCACCUUCCGUCGCCUCGUCUAUGCGACCAUGGCAAUUGUCGUCAUGUACACCAUCGGUGCCGUCAUCGCCGCCAUACUUCAGUGCGAAAACCCAUCGGACGCUUGGUCUCCUGCCAAUUACUUUGCUACAUUCGACAAGUUCGACCCGAACCGCCGCCAGCCCAAAUGUUACGAUCCCGUCAAGCUAUGGGCGUUCUCUGCAGCUGCCAACCUCUUGAGCGAUGUCAUCAUUCUCCUGCUUCCCCUUCCGGCUUUACUCAGUCUUCGCAUUCCUAUGAGCAAGCGCUUAGCGCUUAUCGGUGUCUUUUCGGUAGGCCUAUUGGCCAUUGUUGCAUCUUCUAUACGCGUAUGGGUCAUGGCGCUGUGGGCCGAGUCACCAUCGAACUCUGCUCGCUACGGAAACGACCUGCUCCUAUGGGGCCAGGUCGAAACCAACAGCGGCAUCAUUUCAGCAUCAGUACCCUUCCUUCGCCUUCUGUUCCGCGACAGGCAAGUCGAGGAAAGAGGCACAGUACAAAAGAAGAUAUCAGCUACCCCAGCAACACCAGUUGAGCUUGAAGCCCAGACUCCGCCCAAAGUAAUCGACCAGGGUGAAUGGCCAGUCCAGGGCGAAAAGCCAGUGGGAUAUCCAGUGGCGAAGCAGCCAGUGAAAAUGAGACGUCCUAACUGGGGCCCUUUCAUCACAGUACCACAAGAGUUGAAUCCCCGUACUGGUAGCACACAGCAGGAGUCUGCACUCGAGCCAGUGCAUGAGCCACUGAUGAUUAGUAGAUUUGAGAUGGGGUUUGAUAAUGUGUCCUCGCAGCGAUGA